GAGGACUUCCUUCUAUAUAUUCGCAAGGAAACUUAGAAGUGCACAUAUCUCUCUUUCGCUCUCUCACUCACUCUCAAUAUAUACAAUCUUCUGUUUCUCAACAAGAUCGCGAGAGGUACCGAGGUCAUACGUCUUCUGUGCCUGUUAAACGUAUCACAAGUGAGAAUCGUUCAUGCAUUAAGGCGGAAGAUAUGCUACUCCACUCUGUUGCUGUAAUCACAUUGGUGGCAACUUCAAUAGCUACCCGGCCUCCUGGCUACAUUAAACAACCGGGCAACGACAAGAAUUCACCGGAUUAUCAAUACAAUUACGAUGUUGGAAAUGAAGAAGACAAAAGUCAGGGAAAAAUCGAAGGAAGAUAUGACAAAUUGGCUAGUGGUCGGUAUAACAUGAAUAAUCCCGACCAAUUUUCCACAGACGUCAAAUAUUUUGCUGACGACUUGGGUUACCAGCCGCUCGUGAAGUAUAGGUCUUCAAACGAGCACAGCAGCACUACUGCAGGAGCAGCGCUUCUUGCCAUUGGAGAAGAGGCAUUCAAGAGACUACAGAAUGAUGACGACGUCAUUGGUACAUCGGGAACUGUAAAGGAAGGACAAACUGUUCAAGCAGUUCAGAUCAUUCAGCCAUACACAUUACAUAAGGAAGGAGAAGACGAAACUUUGCAAAUCGUAAAGCACGAUCAGUCAAUACUGGGCGACAACAGGGAUGUCAAACCAGAGAGUUUACUCGAGUCAAACAUCUCGGAGGAGUCUCGUAACAUAAAUUACGUAAAUCUUCCACAACGACAGAGUUUCGAAGUAAUCUCGUCGAAUGGAAUUCCCUCAGGAGAUGGAUUCACAAGCAGCAGCAGCAGCCAUUCCACAACAUUACCAGUGAUCGUCCAAAGUGCCGUCACAGCAGCCCAAAUGUCGCCUGCCGACAUCUCAUAUGUCAGUGAUUCUGCUUCUACUACUGCCGGGGACAACAAGAACGAUUUAUUAUCUCAAAUCAACGAUGAACAAUUGUUCGUUGAAAAUGCCGGAAGUUUUGGACAAAGACUCGGCGUUGACAUACGCCGACAAAAUAUUUCUCCCCAUUCAAUAAAAAAAUCAUCACCACAAAAAGAAACAAUAGCACGCAAUCAUUAUCAAAAACCAAUGAUAAAGAAAAAUCGUAAAAUUCACGGUGUUCAUUUGUACAAUGUUGGUUUCUCAGGACACAUGGAUUUAAAUCACGAGGAACCACAUUUUAAUACUCUUCCCUCAACUACUCUCAGUCCAAUAAUGACAACAGCAAUAGAUCAAUACUCAAGCCUCUUACCCGCUUUCAGUAAUGCCAUUGAAACUAGUCAAAAGACAGUUUACUCCUCGAGCACUGAAAAUCCCCGACAUAGAGAAUCAAAUAUUGGAUUAUCAAAUCCACAGCAAAUAAAUUAUGCAUUACUCUCAACUGAAAUGAAUCAAUUUAAAACUUUUGGAUUAAACAAAAAUUCAACAUUUCAUGAUAAAAUUUCCAAAACACAUGAUGGAUUUUCCAAACCAAUUGUAGUGGCUGAAGUUACACAUCAUAAACCAUUUGAAUAUAGUACGACAUUUGAAUGUGAAGAUAAUAUCACUUCCAGUACACCAAUGCCACCAAUUUUACGAGCAUCAGAAAUAAUUCCAAAUAAGCCUUACGAUACAAUAUCAUCUAUUGUACUAAAUCCAAUUCAAGCCGGUGUUUCAUUAGUUAACGCUGGUAAGGAACAUUUUAUCAGUCGAACAACAAACAAUAAUUUGCCAAUUGUUGAGAAAAAAGUUGAUCUUAACGAGGAGGAAAUAAAAGAAAACCCAAAAGAAAAUGAUGGUAUUGAAAUACAAAAGUCCAUUGAAAUUUAUCACAAUGCACCAAUUCAAGAAAUACAUUAUCCACCACAAAUGUUCUCGCAGGUAAUUCACAUCGAUAAUUCAGUGCCAAAAUAUAGCGAGAAUUUACAAAAUUCUAAACAACGUUUCGAUAUCACAACCAAUACACCACCAUAUGAAAAUAAUGAUGAUACAACAAAUAUUUAUCCAGAUGACAAAUCUCACAUCUAUCUAAUUAAUGAAAAUGCAGCUGCACCAAUUUUCCAAUCAAUAGGAAGACCAAGAUAUUAUCAUAUUUAUCCCAAACUCCAGGAGAGUCGUGAUUUGAAAGCAUCCAUUGAAUCCAAAGAUCAUUUGGACAGUCCAAUGCUGAAUACGAUUCGCAUUGGUACCGAAUCACAAGUUGACGAGCCUGCCUUUCAGUCUUAUCGAUCACAUGACAAUAAACCCUCAUCCUCGUCUAGCGAUAUUAAUCAUGGACAGCAACAGAUUGCUGUACCACGUCUACAGUCUGAAUCAAAAACCGAAAUAUCUGAUACAAAUUUUCAAGAUAAAAAUAAACCAAUAUCCCAUUAUUAUCAACGUCAAUCAUCAAAAAUUAUUAAAUUACCACAACCAUUUACUAUUGAGAAAAUAAUUGAAAAACAUAUAACAGGUGAAAAAAAAUUAUUACCCUAUCCAAUUGAGAUGGAGAAAAUUGUCGAGCGUAAAAUACCAUUGGAAGUAACUAAAUACCUAGAAAAGCCUGUACCAAUUCAUGUGCCGUACGGAGUGCAAUACGGUGUCAGUUACCAACAGAUAAUGAAGCCUCAAAACCACAACUUGUACUCAACUCAAACUGCAACUUCCCUACCUCUAUAUGGUUUAUCUAUAAUCAAAAAUCAAGUUUACAAUUUAACACAACCAUAUCAAACACUUUUUUAUCAAAAACCAUUCAUUGGAUUUUUAGAACAAAAAACACCAUAUUUUAUAACAAAAAAUAUGAACACAGGUAAAAAGCAAUUUAUUUCACAUUUUACAUUUGCUGCACAACCAUCAUUGAUACAACAAUCAUCAUAUUCGGGUUAUAAUAAUAAUAAUAAUAAUCCAAGUCAUCGACGAAGGCAUACAUUACAACGUCUAACAACAAAAGAAAAAGGAGAAAUGGAUGGUUACAUUGGUCCAGUUCCAAUGCAACCACAUGGAUUUCAAAGUAAAGCGUCAAAUUUUCAUUCGACAAUUGCAACACGAUCACCAUCAUCAAUAACAACAUUGAGAAAAGUUAAACAAGAAUUAUAUCAUCAUCCAAUUGGUAAGGGAAGUUUUCGACAAUCAAAAAUGGAAUAUGGAUUUAAACCACCAAUGAUACCGUCAGUGCAAUACGAUGAGGAAACUGCCUCCAAGGUUGAAAGUUGAUUCUAAAUUAUUAUCUCUCGUAUGUGAAUUCCCAUUGGGGGAUGAUAUAUGCAGUGAGAUAUAUGUAAUGUGUGAGGGACGGCUUCAUCAAGUUACAUACGUCUCGAGUGAUAUACAGCGAGAAUAUGAUAUAUAUAUAUAUAUAUGAAUGAGUGACAAAACAGUCGUUUUAUUGUCCCAGUUCCUAAAUUGUAAAAUUUCCCAGGAACAAGAUUUGUGAGACUGAUUAAAGAAAAAAGAGAUUAUUUUUUUAUGUGUGUUAAAUUUUUUUUAUUGUAAUAGUUGUUUUUCAUUUUAAUUAAAUAGAGAGAAAGAGAGAGAGAGAGACCGCUGUUACUCUAAUAUUAGUAAAAAAAAUUUAACUAAUUUGAAAUAGUUAUACUCAAUUUUUGAUUUUAAAUUGUUAAAAUGAGUAAAAAAAUUUGUUUACUAUCGAAUUAAUAAAAUAAAUACAACUAUGUAUGUAACUAGUAAUUAUGUACAGUAAAACCCCGAUUUACGCUAUGCCGUUUUACGCGAAUUCGGAGAUACGCGGUUUUUUUUAUGGCCACACGAAUUAACUCGUAAUUAAUUAAUAAAUAAUUUAUUGUUGUUUUUUACGUUGUUUUUUUUCAUAAAAAUGUAAAUAGUUUUAUUGCUUGAUAUUUUAUCAAACAUAUUACUUCUAAAUUCUAAAUUAUUGAUGAAAACUGAAACCCCGAUUUACGCGAAUUCGACUUACACGGUCUUCGCUCGGUCCCACCUAUCGCGUAAGUCCGGGGUAUUACUGUAACUUAUUAAUCGUAAACAAAAUUUUUUACUAUCGAAUUAGUAAAUUUUUCGCUAAUUGUAAAACAAAACAUGAGUCACUAAUUCAAAUUAGUUAAAAUUUUUACAUUCUAUAGAGUAAUAGAGGCGCGUAUUAAUUUUAUUUACCCUAAUUUUGGGUUGGUAUUAUUUUGUUACAAAAUUUUUCGUAACGAUUGUUAUAUUGUACAAGCGGUGAUAAUUUUGGUUUUUGUACAAUUUAUUGUUAUAUAUUUAAUUUGAAAUAUUCAGUAUCUUUUUUAUUCUUAAAAUUUUCUUUAUUUAUUAAAAAAUUAUUAAAAAUACACACUGCAAAAAAUGUAUUACUUUAGAUUAUA